AUGUCGAAUGAUGGAACUAAAAAGAAAGGUAAAGCACCUGGAGAUAAGAAAUCCUCUAAGCGGAAAGGGAAGAGAAGGGAAACCUACGCGGUAUAUAUUUAUAAAGUUCUGAAACAGGUCCACCCUGACACUGGCAUCUCGAGCAGAGCCAUGAGCAUCAUGAACUCAUUUGUGAAUGAUGUGUUUGAGCGAAUUGCUACCGAGGCCUCCAGACUGACUCAAUACAACAAGCGCUCGACCAUUACCAGCCGUGAGGUGCAGACCGCUGUUCGUCUGCUGCUACCGGGUGAACUUGCCAAGCACGCAGUGUCCGAGGGCACCAAGGCCGUUACCAAGUACACCAGCUCAAAGUGA